UAUAACUCCGCCGCGAGGGGCGCUGAAAUCAGUCUCCGAAAAACCCGACAUCUCACAAGUUCCCCCUCCGACCUGGUGGCCUAGAAUCCGCCGCACGAUGACAACACACAACAAUUCGAACAAAGAACAAACAAGUUUUCUUUUUCUGACACUGUGCCACGUUAACUAUGUUCACUUCCAGUUGAUAGCUUAACUAUUAGCUAAAUAUUAUCUAUUAAACUACCAACUGGACCAGACACUUAGAAUAUUCACUACUUACUGAAGAUGACCACCGACCCAGGUCCCAGCAAGCGGAUGAUGACUACUUGCACAAAUGUCUCAGCUCAAGCGCACCACGUAUCAAGAGCGAAGCGCGGCCAGAAGCUAGGAACAGUUUUAGGCUUCCGGGGGUGCACUGUGUGGUUGACCGGGCUGUCAGGAGCAGGCAAGACUUCAAUAGCGUUCCAGGUGGAAGCCAUCUUGGUGGAGCGAGGCCUAGCGGCUUACGGACUGGACGGAGACAAUGUUCGUACCGGGUUGAACUGCAACCUGGGCUUCAGUCCGGAGGACCGUAAGGAGAACAUCCGUCGAGUAGCAGAAGUCUCGAAGCUCUUCGCGGACAGCGGGCAGAUCUGUCUCUGCAGUUUCGUCUCUCCGUUCGAGGCCGACCGCCAGAUGGCCAGGAGGAUCCACAAGGACUUUGACAUUCCAUUCUUCGAAGUGUUCGUCGACACUCCGUUGAACAUCUGCGAGGCCAGAGAUACCAAGGGCUUGUAUAAAAAAGCCAGGCUGGGGACUAUCAAGGGAUUCACCGGAAUCGACCAGGAGUAUGAGAGGCCGAGCAAGCCCGAGCUGGUGGUCACUACUGUCGGCUGCUCGGUCGAAGAGUCUGCGGCUAAGAUCAUUGACCUGCUCGAGAGGGAGUUUAUUAUUCCCCGGCAAAAAGAGCAGGUCGUCCAGGAGCUGUUUGUUCCUCUAGAAAGGGUUCACAAGGCUAAGCACGAGGCUCAGUCGCUUGUGGAUGUUGAGAUAGGUCAGGUUGACCUUCAGUGGCUUCAAGUUCUUGCUGAGGGCUGGGCCAGUCCUCUAACAGGCUUCAUGAGAGAGGAUCAGUAUCUUCAGACACAACAUUUCAGGUUCCUUGUAGACCCAAACCUCGACCAAGAAGUGAACCAGUCAAUUCCGAUAGUGCUAGCGAUAACAGACCAGGACAAGCUAAAGAUAGAGGGUCACUCGGCAGUGGCUCUAAAAUUCCAGGGCCAGGCGGUUGCAAUUUUAAGAAAACCGGAAGUCUGGCCCCACCGGAAGGAAGAAAGAUGCGCGAGGCAGUUUGGAACAACGGACCCUCGCCAUCCCUACGUCAAACUGAUCCUGGAGGGCGGGAACUGGCUGCUGGGCGGCAAUAUUGAGGUCCUGGAGCGCAUCAGGUGGAACGACGGGCUGGACAAGUACCGGCUGACCCCCAACGAGAUCCGAACCCGGCUCCGGGAGAUGAAUGCUGACGCAGUCUUCGCGUUCCAGCUGAGGAACCCUAUACACAAUGGCCACGCGAUGCUCAUGCAGGACACCAGAAAGAAGCUACUAGAUCGCGGGUUCAAGAACCCUAUUCUACUCCUGCAUCCUCUCGGAGGCUGGACUAAGGAUGAUGAUGUUCCUUUGGCUACUAGGAUUUUGCAGCACAAAGCUGUUCUGGAGGACAAGGUCUUGGAGGAAGACUCUACACUACUUGCCAUCUUUCCGAGUCCUAUGACUUAUGCUGGGCCUGUUGAGGUCCAGUGGCACGCUAAAGCUCGAAUGAAUGCUGGAGCGAAUUUAUAUAUUGUCGGAAGAGACCCAGCGGGAAUUCCUCACCCGGAUAAGAAUGCCACACCUGAUGGGAAUCUCUACGACCCAACUCAUGGCGCCAGAGUCCUAACUAUGGCAAGAGGCCUUGGAAAUCUUGAAAUCAUUCCGUUUAAAGUCGCUGCUUACGAUGUUAAAAAUAAAAAAAUGGCAUUUUUUGAACCCGAGAGAAAGGAAGACUUUGAUUUUAUCUCUGGGACCAGGAUGAGAGGUCUAGCAAGAACAGGACAAAAUCCUCCAGAUGGUUUUAUGGCUCCAAAAGCUUGGCAGGUUCUAGUUAAUUAUUACCGAAAUGGAGAACGCAAUUUUUAAAUUUAAAUAAAUAUAUAUAUAUUAGUAUGUAAAUAUAUUAACUCC